CGACUAAAACAGCGCCGUUCAGUUUGUUACUCCCGUAAAACAACCUCGGCCUACUUCAGGUCGGAGACCCUCACUACGACAGUGCUCUUAUCGUAUGUAUAUGGAAAGGAAUAGAAACGGAACGGACAAAUUAACGAAAAUUCACGGAUUUUUGCAAAUAUGAAAAUAAUGAUCAUUACAAUCUUGAGUAAAAUUUGAAUGUGUAAGUAUAAGUGAUGUUAUUCGAAACAUAGUUUAUCUGUUGGUGGAUAUGAAAACGCGUUACUGUGAUGUUAUGCGUUACUAUUCCGAGUAUGGAAACUGAUUUGAAAGAAGAAGAAGCAGCAGCAGCGUUUAGUAAAGAAGAAGAAGAAAUAUCGUUGGUGUUUGUAGGGUGUAUUGCGUAGGAAUGGUAUCACCGUCCAAACUUCAACAGCAAGAGCAAAAGCAGCAACCGUCGAAAGAAUAUAUAUUGGAUAAAUGUUCGUAUGUUCGCAUACAAAAGGGACUGAAACCUUUGGCAAAGAAGUCAUUUUACUUGGAUAUAAAAAAUCAUGCUAUUUCAGCCAAGUUAGAAGCAAAAAUUAAGGAUCUUGGAGGAGUGAUAGAAUUAUUUUUAGUACGUACCGUUAGUCUAGUUGUCACAGAUCGUAUAGAUAAAGUUGGUCAAAUUAAUUCUGAGAAAUAUAAAUGGGGUUGUAUCAGUGGAGGCAGCGGGGGAACCCCCUCGCUGAGGAGCUUAGAAAUUCCAACUCCAACUCCUCCUACAUCACUUUUAAGUUCUGAGUGUCCUUUGUACAAUACGACCAAUCUACAGGGUCACCCUACCCAAAGAUCUAAAUCGCGGACGGAUGCAAUGUUGGAACGUGCUCUGACUCAACCACAGCAUUGUUCCGUGGAUCCUCUCGAAAACGCCUUAAACUGGGGAAUAACUAUCUGUACAACUGAAAAAAUUCAGGCUUGGCUCGAUAAAAUCUAUGCAUCUCUUCAAGAUACUAAUAACUUGAAACAGCUACAAGGAACGAGUAGGCAAAGAUUAGAAAAAGACUUAAAAGUCAAGCACUUAAGAGGCUCAUAUGUCAAGUUUGAAUCUCUUCGCAGAGAUAAAAGACCUGUAUUUUUGGAAUUAUCAACGUGGCCAACAUUGAACUUUGACGGUGAUCCAGGGACAAGUCCCUUUGAUACAAAGAGAAGAGGAAAACUUGAAAAUAAAACAGAUAAAGAAGUUAAAGAGAAUAGAGAAGCUAUUGCAAAAAAAAAAGAGUGCCAGGGUAAAGAAAUGACUCGACGACCGCGUACCACUGCAGCUCGUGCUCGUAGAACAGAACAAUUAGGAGCAGGUUUUUGUGAAAUAUGUCGAAUAGACUAUUGUGAUCUAUCAAAACACGUUGAAAGUGAUCAACAUUUGAAUUUCGUUCAAAACGAUGACAAUUUUCUCUCUUUGGAUAGAUUAAUCAACACAAAUGCAAGUGUUGAGGCAUUUUUGAAAUUGAAUAGAACAAAAGAUAUUGGAGAAGAAUGUAAUAUAUUCACAAAUGAAGAACGUACUCUUCGUGAUGAACUGCCAGAAGAAAAAGUUACGAAAAAUGCAAAGACAUUAAAUAAUUUUUCUGUACAAGGAAUAAACAUGGUGCAGUGCAAUGGUACGCAAAGAAAUUUAAAUUUAAAAUUAAAUUCUCCUCAUAAUUUACGAACACGUGCUAAACAUGAAAGUGGACAUUUACUGAGGUCAAAAGGUAGCCCUUGGCACGAAAUCGAUAAGAAUGAAAAAUUUUAUGAUAAAUUAGAAGGUUUUACUAUAAAGAAAAGGGCUAAAGGAACUAUUUGGAUCGAAGAAGAAGAUCCAGAAAAUAAAUACUCGCAAGCAAGUGACAUUAAAAAUUCUGACCAAGUAGAAUAUAAUAUUAAAUCAACGGGAAAAGAUUUAAAUGGUAUUCAUCAACGUGAAUAUGGGGAUAAUAAUUCUGUAAAUAAAAGACGUAAUGGUACAGAUAAUCAAGAUAAGCAAGAUAAUCAAGAAGGUAAAACAUUAGAUGAAAGAAUUCCGACUAAUAAACAAAAUGGCGUAUUUCAUCCUGAACUACCUUCAAAGAAUGCAAACAAUACAAAUGUUAAUAAUCGUGGAGAAAUUAAUGAAAAUAGAAGAUCUACUUUAUUAAAAAAUAAUGUAAAUAUUAACGGAUUAUCCGAUAAGAAUAAUCGUAUUGAAUCUUGGCAUUCUACAGAGUCUAAAGAUAAGUUUGAUGGUGCAAAAAAUGAAUUGGAAUUACAAAGAGUUUCAUCGGAUAGUAUAAAAGUUGGAAAUGAUCAUAAUGAUAAGAAAUCUGAAGUACUUUGUAGUUGUGAUACAGAGAACAACCAAAAAGGAGACAUUAAGGUGGUACAGUGUAUGGAAAAAGACUUACGUUGUGAGAAACUUAGAUCGCCAAGAGCUUGUAGAAGAGGUGGUAGAAGUUUUCGCGGACGUCAUAGAUUGUCAGUCGAGGAACGCUUGAUUGAGGAUAAUCGUGCAUAUUAUAAGGUGGAAGUAUUAGGAAGUAAACUAAGAUCUAGUACGUUGCCAGGUAAUAAUAAUGCGUUAAAUCCUACAAUUAAGGAUGCAGACGAGAUUGAAAAGAAGGAGCAACCAUCAAGUGAGAAACCAGUUGUGGUAAGAUUCAAACGUGUAAGAAAAUCAGAACUCUCCCUGCUCAGUGAUGAGGCUGAGUCAUUUAUGUUUGGAGAGCCUAAACGCGAGGAUACGAGUGAAGAUGUCAGCGAUGAAGAACAAACUAGUGUUUUACCAAGGGACACUGAAAGUGAAUUCAAUGAGACUGUUAGUUCCGAUAUACUUAGCUCUAGCGUGGAUUCAAGUCCUGAGAUAAAACAAGAGAUUUUGGAAGAAGAUUCUCAAGAUUCUGUAAAUCUUGGUAGAGCAAGAAAAAGAAGACGGACACAGGCAGAGGCGCUUAUUAAAGACAACGUUGACUAUUACAAGUUUGAGACACCUGGCAGUAGACUAAGAUAUCAAGCGCCAUUAACAGGAGUCAGGGCAUCCCUUAAUCCUGAAGAUCCUGUAAACGAAGAACUACGAUCUGAUAUUAAUGGAGAAGUCAUAGAGAAAAUUUAUCCGUCCAAGCCUUCGGCAGAAGUUGAAAGAAUGCAAUUUUCGUUUGAAGUAAUACCAAAAUCUGAGCCAUGGUAUCAAACUUAUCAACGGCAAGAUGAAGGUGCUGAAUUUUGGCAUUAUUUUAGCGAUGGUGAUACAGGAAGACCGUUCCUUUUACCUUAUGAAAUAGAAAACUUUCAUGAAACUAUUUUGAGGAAUCAGGCGAAGAACGAAAAUAGAAAAAAAGGUAAAGGUCGUAGUAUAGGGUGUAUCGGACGGUCCCCUAGAAAAAGUCCACGUUGUCAUGCAUCUACGUUAGCUAUAAUGUCUACAAUUAUAAGAAAAAGGGAACAGCAACAGCUCACAUCAAAUAUUUGUACCAGAGAAGAGUGUCAAUCUCCUAAAUCGCAGAUUAAUAAUACUCCUCUUCCAAAAGUAGACUCAAAAAUAGAUAUAAAAGCAGAUCUGAAAACAGAUACAAAAGCAGAUCAAAAAUUGACAUCUGAAAUCGACGAAGAAUUGAAAAAAAUAGCAAAAAAUAUCGAUGAAAUGCUUAAUAUGAGAGACAGUUUAGAUAUAGUAGAUAUGUACAACGGGCUAGAAGAAGAACCUUUCAUAGAAUCAAAUUUACCGAAAGGACCUCCAGCAAAUCUAUUGGAAUUAUUAGACAACUGCCAUGAACUUGUACCAUGUAUAGAAAACUCAUCGUGUGCCAGCUCGGAAUGUGGUGAAGUAAAUGUUGAGUCGCCUUUAAAACGUCGGAAGAGAAGGAAAAAUAGAACAGGUUGGCCUGGCAUUAAGAUACGGAAAAAGAUGCAAAAUAAAAUAAUAGUAGGUUCCUCUUACAAUGGUCAAGGAAAUUAUAAAUUGUCAAGGGAAAAAAAUGUUGCUGAACAAAAUGUAGGUCUGUCAGAAAAAAAUACAAAUACUAAUAGCAAUACAAAUGGUGAUGUUAAUGCUGUUGCUGUUGCUGAUGCCGAUGCCGAUGGUGAUGCCGAUGCUGAUGCUGCCGAUGCCGACGUGGAUAUGUCUCAAAGAUUGAUGGCAGAUACACGUACAGAAAUAGUUUUAUCGAAUGGUAGCACAAUAUCAUUUACCACUAACAGGCAUGAUGAAAAAACAUCAAUAGAUAAAAAGAAUAAUAAAAGUACAUCUGAUAAUUAUAACGAUGAUCCUAGCGUAUCUUCUAAAGCAUCUUCUAAAACAUCUCUUAAAACAUCUUCCAAAGCAUCUUCUAAAACUUGUCCUAAAACGUGUCUUAGUCUGGCUGUGAUCAGUAAAAAUAAAAAUACGGAGAAUACUGGUACAAAAAAUUGCACAGUUACUGAUGGAUUGAAAAUUACUAAGGUAUUUAGCGAAGCGCAAAGAACUUUAUCAGAUAAGAAUUUUACGUUAAAUAUGGAGGAAGAAGAAGUAUCGGAAAACAAUCCUGGAAACGAUGAAAAUCACGAGAAUGUAUUUAGGAAAGAUGUGAAUGGUGUUGUGAUAUGUUAUGAUAACGGUGAACGACAAUUCAUAACGAAAGGGGUCGUUAAAAAACGUCCUCGCAUAAAUACAUCAUCAGAGAGUUGUGAAUCACGUACAGAAAUUGAAAAUCAUGACAUUUUAUUAAGUAGAAAGGAUAUAGAUUCAGGUAUAGUAUCGAGGAAGCAUAGCUCAAGUGAUGUGUCCAGGCUAGGAUGUCAACAAACUCAUUCUGAAAAUUCUAAUAUCGAAGUAGACGCUCAUAGAAGUGUUUACAGGAGAAGUAAGGUAGGAGUAGUAACGCCUAGGCAACGAGUUAAUACGAGAAAACAGCAACGAAGGAAUAAUAAGACUUCCUCGGAAUCCGUAUACGAAAGCGAAAAUUGUAAAAAGGAGUCUUAUUUGAAUAUUACUUGUAAAAAGCAAGAAACUAUAAAAAAUUCGAAAAAACAAAGCAAUGAAACGAUAGGACCAUCGACGGAUGUGCAAGAUUCUGCUGAGCUCGAAUGUGCAUUGUCGGAACGUAACACACCUACCACGGCAACAACUAUCAUGCCGUCUUCUGGUUUAAAACAAAGACGUUCAAGCAUCGAGUUUCAGCCAGUAGUUAGAAUGAUGAAGAUAGACAAUUCAGUUGACAUGGAUCAUAGUAUUUUAUCAGUGACAGUAGCGAGUAAUAGAAGAUUAAGAAGUUCUAAUUCUCAUAAUAGACCUGAUGCUCAGCCACCUCAUAAACGUUUAAAAACUUCUCGUGGACAAUUUAGAAGGUGGUUAAAAAGUAGCUGAAAUCCUGGGUAAAAAAAGUCGCGCCUACGCUAACACUACCACCGUCUCAAAUUUCAGAAUUUAAGUACUCUUUAUAUGCUUCUUUUUCUUGCCACAAAGAGAGACACUGAAAUUUGGAAAUUUUAUUUAUCCAUGUAAAUUAUGUGUAAUAUAUUCGUCUACGUAGUAUAUAAUAUUUAACAUUACUGACACAUAAAAUCUUAGUUAUAAUAUCCUACUUGAUAUCUCUUGACGAUACUCGCGGUAUCGUCAAACUUGUACAUUCGUCGAAUGCGGUCUUGAUGUUCUCAGAAUGAAUGUGAGUUUCUUUUUUUUUUCUUUUUCUAUCCGUAUUUUAUCUCAUUUCCACUCUCUCACAGCGGUUUUUUCAUUUAUAUUAUUUGUAACAGAUACAAAAAAAGUAUUUCACUGUACGUAUUAUGUAAACGAUAUUUCUGAAAUGUAUGUAACUAAAAAAAAGGAAAUUCCUAAAGUGCGCGAGACUGCAUAUUACAGCUUUAUAAUAUGUAUAAUCAUAUUCUGUUUAUGCUUCACAUUAUUCAAGGUAACAUUGUAAAUCCUCAGAGGAAAAAAAAAUGAAGAAACCCUAAUUAUUUUAUUUCAAAGUGGAAAUAUGUAAGUUUUUCGUGAGUUAUACAAAAAAAAUUAUUAUUAAAGAUACGAAUUUUUCAAUAAAA